AUGGCGAUGUGCUUUUGAAAUUGAAGAGCUAUAAUGAAUUUAUAGCAAAACGAAAUUGUUCGAGCUUAUUCAUUAUCACAGUUAACAGAUAGCUAGAGAUUAUUUGUCGAUUAGACCUCUCAAAAUCUACAGUGCGUAACGAGUUAAUGUUUCAUCAACUGAUAAGAUAACUCAUUAACGAAUCGAAACUGAUACUGAUCGUAGCUAUAGCAAACCACAAACAAUUCACAUCAAAAUGGACCGUUGGACUGGUAAGGUGGCGCUCGUAACUGGUGCUAGUUCGGGUAUUGGUGCUGCUGUGGUAAAGGCUCUCGCCAACGCUGGCAUGAUCGUGGUUGGUCUUGCAAGGCGUGUCGAGCGUGUGGAAGCACUACGAACGGAAGUCACCGAAUUGGCCGCCAAACAUCUGCACGCCAUCCGGUGUGACAUAACAAAGGAGGAAGACAUUUUGGCCGCCUUCCGGGAGGUCGAACAACGAUUCGGCGGUGUGGACGUGCUAAUCAACAAUGCCGGCAUUGCGGUCGGGGACAUUACACUGUUCACGCCCGAAAAUACUGCCCAACUGCGGCAGGUUGUCGACACGAACGUGCUGGGGCUGGUACUGUGCAGCCGGGAAGCGUUCCUAUCGAUGAAAAAGCGCUCGAUCGAUGGCCAUAUCGUGCACAUUAACAGUGUCGUUGGUCAUUCGGUACCGGCGUUUGCGAGCUUCAAUAUCUAUCCCGCUACCAAGUACGGUGUGACGGCACUCACGGAAACGAUGCGUCACGAGCUGCGGAUGGCCGAUACCAAAAUUAAAGUGACGAGCAUUAGUCCGGGAUUGGUCAAAACGGAAGCCAUUCCUGAUGCCAUGAAAGUGGGUCAAACACCGAUACUGGAACCGGAGGAUAUCGCUGAUGCCGUACUGUACGUGCUGGCCACACCGCCGAGGGUGCAGGUUCAUGAGCUUACUAUCAGACCAGUUGGUGAAAUGAUGUGAAAAGAGUCCAUGCCUUGUUCAAAGACUUGGCAAAAUUGUUGAAUAACUUAAGAGUUAUAGGACUCAUGUUAAAGUUAAAUGAAAAGCACACGUUUAAUUCAAA